AUGACUACACUGUAUGUUUCAUAUCAGCGUGAGGAUCAUGACGCUGUAGCAACGAGUAUGAAUUCAAAGCUGCAAGUAAUCUACGAAUGGGGAUCACAAUGCCAACUCAACUUAGGUGGAGAAAGCAAGGGGCAAGCAAGGGACAAGCAAGGGGCAAGCAAGGGGCAAGCAAGGGACAAGCAAGGGACAAGCAAGGGACAAGCAAGGGACAGCAAGGGACAGCAAGGGACAGCAAGGGACAAGCAAGGGACAGGCAAGGGACAAGGGCAAGCAAGGGACAAGCAAGAGACAAGCAAGGGUCAAGCAAGGGACAAGCAAGAGACAAGUAAGGGUCAAGCAAGGGACAAGCAAGGGACAGGCAAGGGACAAGUAAGGGACAAGCAAGGGGCAAGCAAGGGACAAGCAAGGGGCAAGCAAGGGACAAUCAAGGGACAAGCAAGGGACAAGCAAGGGGCAAGCAAGGGACAAGCAAGGGGCAAGCAAGGGGCAACCAGGGGCAAGCAAGGGACAAGCAAGGGGCAAGCAAGGGGCAAACAAGGGACAAGCAAGGGGCAAGCAAGGGACAAGCAAGGGGCAACCAGGGGCAAGCAAGGGGCAAGCAAGGGACAAGCAAGGGGCAACCAGGGGCAACCAGGGGCAAGCAAGGGGCAAGCAAGGGACAAGCAAGGGGCAACCAGGGGCAAGCAAGGGGCAAGCAAGGGGCAAGCAAAGGACAAGCAAGCCACAAAAAGCUCACCCUUCGCCCUGAAGCCCAACCUUCGUCUCUAA